AGCUAAUCAAUCAAGCUAGUUCUAAUGGAGACGACGACGCCGCUCCUGCUCGUCGGCGUCCUGCUCCUGGCGGCGCCGCUGCUGGGUUCUUCCGCAGCGGUCGGUGCCGAAGAAGACGGGUUCAGCGUGGAGUUCAUCCACCGGGACUCCGUCAAGUCUCCCUUCCACGACCCGGCGCUCACCCCGCACGGCCGCGCGCUCGCCGCCGCCCGGCGCUCCGCGGCCCGCGCCGCCGAGCUCCACCACCUCCUAGCUCGCCGUAGCUCCGGCGCCCCCUCCCCCGGCACCGGCGCCGGCGUGGUGGCCGAGGUGGUGUCGCGGCAGUUCGAGUACCUGAUGGCCAUCGAGGUCGGCACGCCGCCCGUCCGCGUGCUCGCCAUCGCCGACACCGGCAGCGACCUCGUCUGGGUCAAGUGCAAGGGCAAGGACAACGACAACAACUCGAACAGCACCUUCUUCUCCGACUCCGACGACGGCGAAGACUCUCCGCCGCCAUCCGACGAGGACUCGACACCGCCGCCAUCCGACGACUCAGGCGACGCGCCGGCGCCGUCCGCCGACGACACGCCUGCGCCACCGAGCGUGUACUUCGUCCCGUCCGCCUCGUCGACCUACGGCCGCGUGGGGUGCGACACCAAGGCCUGCAGGGCGCUCUCGUCGGCGGCCUCAUGCUCCCCCGACGGCUCCUGCGAGUACCUCUACUCCUACGGCGACGGGUCCCGCGCCUCGGGCCAGCUCUCCACGGAGACAUUCACCUUCUCCACCAUCGCCGACUCCUCCAAAACCAACAGCCACGGCAACAACAACAACAACAGCAGCAGCCAUGGCCAGGUGGAAAUCGCCAAGCUCGACUUCGGGUGCUCGACGACGACGACGGGCACGUUCCGGGCCGACGGGCUGGUGGGCCUAGGCGGCGGCCCAGUCUCGCUCGCCUCGCAGCUCGGCGCGACCACCUCCCUGGGCCGCAAGUUCUCCUACUGCCUCGCGCCGUACGCCAACACCAACGCCUCCUCCGCGCUCAACUUCGGCUCCCGCGCCGUCGUCUCCGAGCCCGGCGCCGCCUCCACCCCGCUAAUCACCGGCGAGGUCGAGACCUACUACACCAUCGCCCUCGACUCCAUCAACGUCGCCGGCACCAAAAGGCCCACGACAGCAGCCCAAGCCCAGCCGAAAUACUACAAAUCCAAGGCCCGCGGCUCCGGCUCCAGCUCCAGCAACAGCAUCAUCGUGGACUCCGGCACCACGCUGACGUACCUGGACUCGGCUCUCCUGACGCCGCUGGUGAAGGACCUGACCAGGCGCAUCAAGCUGCCGCGCGCCGAGUCGCCGGAGAAGAUCCUGGACCUGUGCUACGACAUCAGCGGCGUCCGGGGCGAGGACGCGCUGGGCAUCCCGGACGUGACGCUGGUGCUGGGCGGCGGCGGAGAGGUGACGCUGAAGCCGGACAACACGUUCGUGGUGGUGCAGGAAGGCGUGCUCUGCCUGGCGCUCGUGGCCACCUCGGAGCGCCAGUCCGUGUCCAUCCUCGGAAACAUCGCGCAGCAGAACCUCCAUGUCGGCUACGACCUCGAGAAGGGCACUGUCACCUUCGCCGCCGCCGAUUGCGCCAAGUCUCAUCCGUACGGCGAAGCCGAUGUGUAG